CGUGAUAUGUAAAAAAAGGCGGCAUUCGCGGCAACAAAUCUUGAAUCAGAGUAUUAUCAGACUCAAAUCACUCAAUCAGUCUUCAGUCAGACACUGACAGACAGUUAGCGUCAGUGAAGCUUGAUUUUUUAAAAUCAUGGCACUGCCUACUUUGAAAUCAUACUAUGGUAGGCCUCAAAGCAGACCUGGUACAGCAAGAGUCAGUAUGCUGGCUCACAGGAGAAUGAUUGCUGAUGAGAACCAGGAGAGAUGGAAGGAGAAUCACCAGUACUUUAAAAGCAAUGAGGCGAGGAACCAGAAACUGAGGGUGUGGACCUCAGACUCCUGCUACAGAGGAAGUUUAGGUCAAUACAAUGAUAAGAUAAUAAAGGAACAGAAAGAAAGGAAGCUAGAGAACAGACGAGGGAAGCUAAGGGAACUACUGAACAAAGAGACAAUUGAAUAUGAAGAAGAACUCAAAGCACUAACUCCUGAUCAAAGGAAAAUAAUGAAAGAAAGGAAGGAAGAAGAGCUCAAGAAAGCUCUUGAGAAUCAGCUACUAGAAGUAAAAGAGAGAGAAGAAGAAGCAGCUGAACUAGAGAAGAAAGAAUUUGAACUUGUUAAAGAGAAGAUUGCAUUGGAAGAUGCAGAAGGUGAAAGAAGAGAGCUUGAAAGGAAACAGAAACAGCAAGAUAUUGGGAGAAGAUUGAUGCAUCAAGUGAAAGCUCAAUUGAGAAGGAAAUCACAGCAAGUGCAGGAAAGUUUGAGAUUAGAUAUUGAAAUCCUAGAGAGACUAGCAGCGGAAGAGAAUGAAAGGAAAGAGAAUGAGGAGAAGAAGAAAGAAAAGCAAAGACUGGACGCUCAAGAGAUGAGGGACAUAAUGAGACAGCAACUGGAACUGGAGAGACAGCGAGAGAAAGAUCUAGAUGAUUUGUAUAGAGAAGAAGCAGAGAGACAAUGGUCACACAGAGAAGCAGAAUGGGGCAGAGAAAGGAGAGCAAGGGAAGCUCUGAUGGCUGAAGUUAUUGAAGGAAGACAGCAGCAGCUUGAAGAGAAGAUAGCUGGGAUAAAGAGAGAGCAGCUAGAAAAUAUAGAAAGAAGAGAAGAACUUUUGAAGAAGAUUGAAGAAGGGAAUCAACUUACAGCUAGAGAAGAGAAAAAGAAGCAUGACCAGCAAAAGAAACUUACUGAAGACCUUCAGUCUCAG